AUGGAGCCUCCCACUCUCACCAAUCCGCGCUUUACUCUGGAGUUGGAGUUUGUUUCUUCUCUCGCCAAUCCCUACUACCUAUCUCACCUUGCUGUCACCUACCCCAACCUCCUAGGCGUCUCCCAUGCUGACGACGAUGACGACUCCGCGACUUCACCAGACGCCGAGGCAUUUGCAGCCUACCUAGCCUAUCUCUACGCUUACUGGAAGACGCCUGAAUACUCGCAGUUCCUCACACACCCUGGCCCUACACUGCGGGCCCUGCGAUUGCUGCAGGAGGACAGGUUCCGCCGCGAUAUCAUUCUCCCGCAAGUCAUUGAAGGGCUGGCCGGACUGAGCUUGCCUGUCCAAUGUGUGCAAGCAUCUGCCGAGGCAGAAGCUGCAGACGAAAAGCCAGAGGAUGGCCAGAAUGGGACCAAGACCUGA